UCAUCUGAUUCAUUGUCAUCAGAUGAAGGAAGAAAUAUUUCAAGUGACCUAAUAUCUUGGAUAAAUAAACACCAAAUAAAACACAAUGCUGCUGAUGAUUUGCUAAAGCUAUUAAGAUCAAAUGGCCAUAAUUCUCUACCCUUAUCUGCUCGCACCUUAUUGAAAACUGAAAGAAAUGUGAAGAUUGAAGACAAAUCUGGAAUGAGCUACAUUUAUUUGGGACUCAAAGAAUCAUUACUAAAAAUUUUGAAAAAUAUCCUCGACAAACAAAACAAAAUACACAAAAUCUGGAAGUGUCCCUCAAUAUUGAUGGCCUUCCACUAUUUAAAAGCUCAAACACAUGCAUGUGGCCAGUGCUGUGUGCUAUCAUGAUUCAGCCAGUAACUGUCUUUCCUGUCGCUUUAACGUGUGGAUCGUCAAAGCCAUGCAAUUUAGAUUUCUUGAAUGACACGAUCAGAGAGCUGAAUGACAUACUGCAGCAUGGCAUUCAGUAUGAGGAGUUUAAAAUACAUGUAACACUGAAAAGCAUCGUUUGUGAUGCCCCUGCAAGAGCAAUGGUUAAAGCCACUAAACAAUAUUCAGGUUACUAUGGAUGCGAUAAGUGUACACAAAAAGGAGUUUGGUAUGGAAGGCUUACCUAUCAGGAAAUUGAUAAUAUUGUCUUGCGCACUAAUGAGUCAUUUAGAGACCAGAUUCAAGAAGAGCACCAUUGUGGGGUUUCCCCUUUUACAGCUCUUCCUGUGGAUCUAAUAAAAUCAUUUCCAAUAGAUUACAUGCAUCAAGCCUGCCUUGGUGUGAUGAGGCGCUUACUCCUGAUAUGGAUAAAAGGAAAAAAAGAAACUAGGAUUACGCAGAGGCAUGUUGAAGAAAUCAACAAGAAACUCUUAGAAAUGCAACAGUUUGUCCCCAGCAACUUUGCACGAAAACCUAGAAGCCUUCUGGAAAUUGACAGAUGGAAGGCAACCGAAUUCAGACAGUUUUUGUUGUAUACUGGCAAACUUGUUCUUAAAGGCAGCCUAAGAGGUGACCUUUAUGCUCAUUUUAUGACUCUUUCUGUUGCUCUGUGCAUUCUUGUGUCACCAAGACUUAUUCAGAUGCAUAAGGGCUAUGCUCACCAACUACUGGUGUAUUUUGUUAAACGAGGUCGGGAACUCUAUGGCAAUGAGUUCUUAGUGUACAAUGUCCAUAGCAUGCUUCACCUUGCAGAAGAUGCUGGUUGGUUUGGAAGCUUGGAUGUCUGUGCAGCAUUUCCAUUUGAGAACUAUCUGUAUAAACUGAAGAAAAUGGUUAGAUCAGGAAAAAAUGCUUUAUCACAAGUUGUAAAAAGAAUUCAUGAACUGGAGAAUGACCCAGGUGAAAUGAAACCUGCAAAGUUUAAGAAAAUCAUCUGCACUAACAAACCUGACAAUACAUAUAUUUUGGAUGAUUCAUCUUGUUGUGAAGCAGUGGCCUUAUCACACCAAAGAGAUGAUGAAGGAAACCAGAAAAUACUGUGCAGAGUGUACAACAGAACAGAAUCAGCAUUUAAUGACCCAUGUGAUUCCAAGAUUAUUGGAGUUUAUCAGAUAAAUACAGCAAAAAGUUAUAUGAAAUUUAUUAAAAAAAGCGACCUAAAAACAAAGGCAAUUAUGGUACAUAGUAGAAGUGGAAGACACACAAAAAUCCUAGCAAUACUGCAUGAAUUCUGAAAACUAUCAGAUGUCAUUUGUAGUUGUGGAGUUUCUGGA